AUGGAAGUGGACAGUUCAAAAUCAGUUUUAAUCUCUGAGCCUUCUGAAGAACACCCAGCAGAAGUUAGGUUUAGUGAUGCUGAAGAGGAUGAAGAGGAAGAAGUUACUGAAGGGAAAAGCAGUGGUUUUCAUCUGGCAGGGGGUUUGGAUCAUACUGCGGUUCUGCGCAUUGAUUUGGAAAAUGAAUCCGCGUCAGAUAUGAUUUGUCGUACUUUGUCUGUUGAUAAGGAACCGGCAAGAAGUAAGGCACAGCGAACGCUUAUUACGGAAGGGAAAUUUUUAGUUGCGAAGUUUACAAGUCCUGACAGAAGAUAUUUACAAAAGUCAAUCGACAACUUUCUUGAAAUGUGUGAUCUUGCUAAACAAACGUUAGACAGAUCGAUGUUUAAAGGUUUGAAGUCGAAACUUGGAGAUGAAGCAAAGUGGUUGCAAGCAACUGUUUCACAUUACAGCGAAAACUUAGCUCAGCAAGUCAAGUCUAGCGCGGUAGGGAAUCUAAGUGACGCCGGGAGUGAAAUCAGUGGGCAUGCCAAGCGAUUUUUUUCACCUACGGUUUCCGAUUCCAGUAUUAGUUUGAAGAAUAGCGAUGAAAACAUUCGUGUCAAGUCGGAAAUUGAUUCACUCGAGGACACUGGGAAUGCGGAAUUUGGUUCAAGACGUCGGCAUAAUUCGACUGACUCAAUUGGAAGCAACGAAAGCACGCUGAGCGACUUGUUUUCUACUAUUCCUGGCAUGGUCAGUUCAAGCCGGCGUCUAGAGCUUUUGUCGUCUGAUGUAGAAGGUGAAAGCAUCGCAGGCUCAGCAGUAUAUCAGAAUGCGUCUAAAGAACAGAUUUCUUCCGUGCUUCACAAGUUGCAAGGACGAGCAGCUACUUACAAAGAUAAAUAUCGAGAUCUAGUAAAAGUGUACAAUGAACUUGUUCGCGAAAAUGAGAAAUACAAGUCCACGCUAACUUCUACUCAAGACAAGGCGAUUAAACGACUAAACCAAAUGAGGAGUGAAAAAAAUGGUUUAUUAGAAAAGUUGGAAAAACUGGAGAAACAGCUUCAGAAAGAACGAGAGAAUUCUGGAGAAGCUGCUCUUCCAGUAGACUUGGCUAAAAUGAAGAAACUAGAAGAACUGUUGGAGAAGUGUAAAAUGAGCAUUGGUGAAUAUAAAGAAAAAAACAUCCAAUUAACUGAGGAGAAUAAGAAGUUAAAAGAGACCGUCAAAGGAGCAUCUGAUGAACAGGGGAUUAGUGAGUUAGCGAUGCAGCGUAUCAAUGCAGAGUGGAAGGGAAAAAUUGAAGCAGUUGAAGCAGAAUGUUCCAAAAAGUUGGAAGAAGCGAAAGACGAAGCCACUUUACUCGUAGCCAAGGUGAAAGCAGAAAUGCACGCAACUCUUGAAGAGAAGGAGGGUGAAGUGCAAGCCAUUCGGGCGAAUUAUAGGCAGCUCGAAUCUGAAGGAAUCAAGGCCCAGCAACAGAAUAAUGAGUUGCAAUCGACAAUUUUGGCUUUGGAAGCUGAGAAAGCUGACAUGGUGGAGAAACUGUCUCAAGCAAAACAGCAGGGGGUACUUGCCAUAAGAGAUGAAGAGGAGCGUAAAAGGAAGAAUUUGGAAGCAGCUUUGGAUAAACGGGAAGAAGAAUUUCGCGCUCGAUGUCAAAAACAGUUAAGCGAAGAAAUGAAGAAAUUGGAAGUUGAGUGGCGGAGAAAGUUUAAAGAGCAUGAGGAACAGAUGCAGCUCGCUGUCGAGGAACGAGAAAUGCAAAGUGCUGCAGCUGCAGCAGAGCAGGAGAAGAAGAUUGAAGAAUUGCAUAGUGCAGUACAGCAGUUAACUGCGGAAAAGUUGCAACUGUCACUGAAGUUAGAUAGUUCAAAAGAAAAGUAUGAACAGGAACUACAUGAGUUAAACGAGCGAAUGAGUAAGAAUUCUGAAGACCAUAAAGUGGAAAUAGCUAACCUCAUUAAAGAACACGACGAGUUGAUAGGAGGGGUCAAAAAAGACCUAGAAGAUGUGAAAGCUGCAAGAGAUGGUCUCAAAGAGGAAUUGUCUAACGCUCAGAAAAACUAUGAAAAAAACAGAUUGGAACUAGAGAAAGUUCAUCAAGCAGUUGUUACAGAACUUUCGGAUGAGAAAAAAACAGCAGAAAAAGCCGCUAAGCAUUAUGAUGAAGAGUUGGUGAAGGUAAAGAAAGAGUUGUUAGAAGUGAGUAAAGCAAGGGACAAUUUACUAGGCCGGUACAAAAAAAGUGAAGCUCUUCUUGAGGAUCUCAAACGAGAACAAGUUUCCGAUGAUGAAGAAAUAAGCACACUUCGUCAGCAGCUGGAUGAAGUGACUGUAAACUUUAAUGAGCAGAGACAAGCUAUGGAGAAGGAAAUAAAUCAACUGAAAGAAAUUCUCCAGGAGAAAUCCGCCUUCAUACAUCAGUUGGAGUCAGAAAAAGAAUUAAUUUCUGCGAAGCUUUAUUCUGAAGAAGAUUCGCAAAAGACACGAGACAUUUAUGAGCAGUCAAGUGCUACAAAAGUUGGAAGAGACAGCGGAGAAGGUCGAGUGUUACUGACAUGUGGAGAACCUUAUAGUCUAGAGGAAAAUGAAGAAGAGUUAAUUCGAAUUGAUGAGCAGGUACAGGAGUCCACUCCUAAUCAAGUAACAGAAAAGAAGAAAGAUUUCUUUAGUUUGGGCCGUGAAGGCGAGGAAUUUGAGAGGAACUCUGUAGAAAUAUUGAAGAAAAAGCUGUCUGAUCUCUCUACAAAAUUAGAUAAUGAGUUGGCGCAUAAGAAUGCAUUGGAAGAGAAAGUUCUUGGAUUGAAAGAAGAGUUGAAGAAUUUAUCGGAAGAGAAUGAAAAAGUCAGCAGAGAAAAAAGUGACCUUGAAUUACAGCUUUUGCCUGUCGUUGCCGAGUUGGAGUCUAAGAAGAAUGAAUUAGAAAAUGCGUUGGGAGAAUUACAGAAGCACAGAAGCGAAGUAGAGCGAAAUGAAGAACUUCAUUCGAGUUUGACAGAAGAUUUGGAUGUUAAGGAAAAAGAAGUUGAAGAGUUGAAACAACAAUUGAAAUUUGCUAAUGACCAAACGAACUUUUUAAAGGAAAGCUUGGCAGCUAAAGAAAACGACUUCAGAACCUUGGAGAAAGAGCUAACGAUGAAAAUUAAUGAGCUCAAAACUGCUUUAUCUGAUAGAGCGAAUGAAAUAUCAGCAACUCUUGCGCAGAAGAACAACCUUGGAGUUAUUGCAGAGGAGACGCGCUUGAAGAAUGAGGAGUUACAGUCAAAGUUAGCAACUGAAUUACAGACUGUUAAGUCAUUACAACAUGAAAUUGCUUUGAAUAAACGUGAUCUUGAGAAGGCUAAUCAUCUUCGUGAUAAUUUCUCGAGGGAAGAGUUAGCAGUAAAAACUUUUGCUGAUGCGUUUUUUGAAAAGUUUACCGCUUUAUCCUCUGUUGUUAUGGAAAAAAUGGACUUUUUAGAGAGCCAGGAAUGUCGAGUACGCAAUCUAGUGGCUAAAGUUCAAAGUGGUAGCAGCCUUAGUUCUCAAUUAGCGUUCCUGAAGGAGAAAUCACUUAAAUUUUUAGAACUUGAGGAAGCGCUUAAAACACUGAAAGAAAGUGCUCUUCAAAAAGAGGCAGUUAUUGAAGAACUGCAAGAAAGAAUACAGAAAAUGACCAAAACUGAACAAGAAAAAAAUUUCGAGAUGCAAAGCUUAGAAGUGUCAUCUACCGAUUUGAUGAAACAAGUAGAAGUUUUACAAGCUGAAGUACAAACAGCGCAAAAAAAGUGUACUCUUUUACAACAGGAGCUUGCUUCUGCAAAUCAUACGAAACAGGUUCUGGAAGAACGAAUAAAAGCGACCGAGAAGCUUAUUAAUGAUUUCACCGAGAAAGAAACAGAGAUGAGGGACCAUCACGAAACUAUAUUAAACGAAUGCGAAAUUCGUUUAACAGCUGCUGAAAAACGCUUAGAACUGUUUAAAAAAUUGCAAACGAGAAACGAAGGUUUGGAGGCAGAUUUGGCUGACUUGAAAGAUCAAGGUCAGAAGGCUGAAAAAAAAUUGUCGGAGAUGCUGGAUGAAGAGAAGAGAUCUGCAGAGUCUAGAAUCGUGGAACUAAUACGUCAGAAGGAGGCGGAAGUCGUUAACCUAAAAGAUGAUUUUGCUAAGGAGAUGGCAGUCUUACGCGGGACAAUGGCUGAAAAGAUUAAUGAAUGUGAAUCACUUCGUGACGCGCUGGCUUCGUGUGAGAAGGACUUAGCUGAGAGGGAUAAGUCAAAUCAGACUGCAAAUAGUGAACUUAGAAGGGAGCUUGAAAGUUUCAAAAACGAGAAGGAUUCUCUGACAGAUAAAAUUAAAGCUGUUGAACAUGAACUCCGUGAACUUCGCGUGGUCAGCGCAGAGAAGUCUACUCUGUUGGAUUCUAAGUUAACAGAGGUUGCUGAACUACAAAAGAAUCUAGCAUCUUCGGAAGAAGAAGUUAAAGUUUUAAAGGAUGAGAAAAACCAUCUGGUUAAAAAAAAAGAAGAGCUUGAGCAAGGUACGAAAGAUUUGGAAAAUCAUUUGGAGCAACUAAGAAACGAUUCGAAAACUUCUGCUGCUAAAGCUGAUAACGAUAGGCAGCGUGUUGUUAAAGAGGUGCAAAAAGAAAUUAAGCGGUUAUAUGAAGAUUUGAAUGACCGGUCAAAAAAGUUAGAUGAGGCUAAUACUACAAUUGCUGAACUGACAGCAAAACUAUCCUCUGCAAAAACUGCUGAUUUGUCUAGUGAAUUCAUUGGGCAGAGUGAUACGGAAAUAUGUGGUUAUAAUGAUGAAGACCUACAUAUGGACUAUGAAGAAUUACAGUCUUUGAGGAACCAGGUUGUGCAGUUGCAGAAGGAGAUCACCAUUCUGAAAACGCAGCAAAACUCUUCACCUCCCAAACUGGAAGUGGUGACCGAGCAAAAUGAAGGACGUGGUCGACACACUCCAUAUUUCGUCAAUAAUGACGAUGUUAAUGACACACUGUCAUUGAGCUUGGAUGAUAAUGCUAGGAAAGCUGGUAAAUAUUCAAGUGAUCUCAGUCCAAAUUUUGCUGAUCCUGCAGAGGCAGAGUAUCUUCGUUAUGUUUUAUAUCGCUAUAUGAGUGAGCGUGAAACUUUGGGUAAAGAAAGUGUGACCCUUGCGAAGGUUAUCGCGACAGUUGCAAAGUUUAGUCGUGAACAGUUGGAAAUUGUGGUUGCAAAGGAAGAACAACGCAAUAAUCUUCUUUUUAGGCCAAUCUUCUAA